UGCGCUCCAGCUUGGAUCUGACAGCUUGAGCUGGAGUUGCUGAGAGGUUGCGAGGUUAUGCACAGUGGACUGAGUGGUGUGUGAGCAUCAUGGCUCUGGUUGAAACCUUUCUCUUCGGAGACCUUGAAAAUGGCACUGAAGGAUCUGGGAGUAUUGAUCUGGAGGAUCUCUGCGAUCUCCGGGUCAGCCAGGAUUUCCAAAAACAUUUCCUCCCUGCUGUGUAUGGGAUCAUCUUCAUUUUAGGAAUUGUGGGGAACGGACUGGUGGUACUGGUGAUGGGAUUUCAGAACAAGUCCAAAAACAUGACUGAUAAAUACAGGCUGCAUCUUUCAGUGGCUGAUCUGUUGUUCGUGCUGACGCUGCCGUUCUGGGCCGUGGAAGCUGUGAGCUCGUGGUACUUUGGGAAGUUUAUGUGCGUCGCUGUGAACAUGAUCUACACCGUGAACUUGUACAGCAGCGUCCUCAUCCUUGCCUUCAUCAGUCUGGACCGAUAUUUAGCCGUAGUGCGUGCUACAAACAGCAUGCCAAAGAGGAAGCUCCUGGCUGAGCGUGUGAUCUAUGUGGGGGUCUGGCUUCCAGCGAUGAUCUUGACCAUUCCUGAUCUGGUGUUCGCUCAAGUCGAACACACCGGUGACCGGGACCUCUGCGAUCGGUUCUACCCUGUUGAAAACAACAUGGUCUGGACGGUGGCUUUCCGCUUCCAGCGCAUCUUUGUGGGGUUCAUGCUGCCUGGUUUAGUCAUCCUGAUCUGCUACUGUAUCAUCAUCUCCAGGCUCUCAAAAGGCUCCAAGGGUCAGUUGCUAAAGAGGAAGGCGCUGAAGACCACCAUCAUCUUGGUGCUGUGCUUCUUCGUGUGCUGGCUGCCCUACUGCAUUGGCAUCCUGGUGGACACGUUGGUCAUGCUUGAGGUGAUUUCUGCCGGAUGCUCCCUGGAGCGAGGUUUGGAGAAGUGGCUGCUCGUCACCGAGGCGCUCGCCUACUUCCACUGCUGCCUCAACCCCAUCCUCUACGCCUUCCUGGGGGUCCGCUUCAACAAAUCAGCACGGAGCGCCCUGAGCAUCAGCAGCAAGUCCAGCCAGAAGUUCCUCACCAAGAAACGAGGGCACGUGUCUUCAGUAUCCACCGAGUCGGAGUCCUCGAGCGUCCUCUCUAGUUAGCAUGCUGUAACUCGGUGUUUUGUUUUUCUUCAGACUGUUCGGAAAGGUUUUAAAGUGUCCUUGAGUGACACUUGUGUCCAAAACCAAAGACUUUUGUAUAUAUAUUUUUUUGAAGUUGAUAACUACAUACAUUUGUUGGACAAAAUGUACACAAUGUACCUUUUUUUUUUUUAAAAUAUUUCUCUGCAAAAAAAAACCAUUAUGCUUGCUGAGUUUCAGUGAGUAAAUCUGAUAUUUUAUUCAACCUUUUUUGGAACUUGGCUUCAUCUCUAAGUGUUUUUGGACUUUGAGGUGUAUUUAGACAUGUUCAUAUAACGUCAGGAAGGUUUGUUGAAUGAUGAUUAGAAAUUUUGAAGUGAAGUCAUUUCACUUGAUAGAUAAUUUUAAGUCUUUCAGAAGUGUAAAGAACCAACAAGCUGCAUUCAGGGUUUUUUUUUUUUUUUUUGCAGUGAAAUUUUUCUAAGUGUUAUGUAGCUUUAGAGUCCUCAUGUUUUAUCAUCUAAAACACAACCCUGUCUGUUUUUUCGUGUCCAUGAGGAUGAGGUUGUUUUUGUUUUUUUUGCUCAAUGUGAAAGUGGUGUAAAUACUGUAUGUUGUAUAUAGUUUUGUGUGUCUUUAUUUUUUUGCAGUUGAUCUAUUUAUUGAAGAGAAACAAACCCAGUCGCUUACAUUGAGAACUUUUUUUUUUUUUUUUUUUUUAGCUUUGUGGUGUUUUUGUGCCGUGUUGUUCAGAAUAAAAGGCUUGAUGUGUUUUGAA